AUGCUUGCCACGUACCCAACAGUCAUUUGGGCGGGUUUCAUUGGGUCCCCGUACAACUUCAACAUGAGCAACGUUGGCAACACCAACUUUUCCUCCUUCAUCUGUGGAGUCCUAGGCAUGUUAUGGGAUGGCUAUGCGUCUGACUGGUGCAUACUUUUCCUCUCCAGACGCAACAAGGGAAUUCUAGAACCUGAGUUCAAGUUUUGGACUAUGCUAGUUCCUGCGCUCAUCAAUACCGGUAGGCUCCUCAUGCAUGGUCUAGGGGUAUUCAAUGGGGUUAUGUGGUUCCUUCCAGUAGGAUUUGGAAUGGACUCUGUGGCAUUUGGGAUUGGAAGCGGCGGCGCAAUUGCAAUUACAUAUGCUGUAUACUGCUAUCCGCAUAUCGCCUCCGAUAGUCUGGCUCUCAUGCUAUUAAUUCGAAAUAAGAUCGGUUGUGGGUUCGCAUUCACUAGCCAGUCCUGGCUUGACCACAACGGAUUGAAAGAUACCACUAUCAUCAUGGCGAUGAUAUGUCUUAUGUCCAAUAUGUCGUUUCUUCCACUCAUUUGA